GUCCACUGGGUGCUGUGCGUGCAGGAGAGCGUGCUGGACAGCGUGAUGGCCCGUCUCAGGCUCCGUAUGGCAGGGAUGAAGUGUGUGUCCCUGCUCAGUCACGGGGACAGACUCCUGGUGGACGGUGCAGUGCAGGACGCUCAGCAGCAGGGCGCCACGCUGGUUCAGUCCUGCGCUGUCCCCCCUGCAGACGCUCAGUACCCUCCCACAGUGCUCUGCGGGGCGGCCCCCUCCUCUCCGUUUGUGGUCAGCCCGCCUCCCGGACCGCUGCUGCCCCUCAUGACCUUCAGGAGCAACACAGAGGCGGUGACCCUUGGAAACCACAGCCCUCAUGGUCAGGCAGCCUCCAUCUGGACCGAAGACCUCACACUGGCUCUGGAGACUGCCAAGAGUCUGUCGGUGGGCUCCGUGUGGGUGAAUUCUCACUCGGUGUGCGACCCCUGUCUGCCCGUCUCUGGUCACAAGACCAGCAGCACCUGCACGGACGGAGGACAGGAGGGUCUGUACCAGUUCCUCCGCCCGUCCUCGUCCUCUCCUCCACUCCCCCGCUCCUCCCCCGUCUCCAUGGACUACUCAAAGUUUGGGACAGCAGCGUCUCCAGCGAUCAUUCCCGACGACUCCGACGCUGCCAGUGCUCCCAAACCGUACCUGCAGUUCGUAGGCGGUAAGGCGUGUAAAUCGGUGUCUGGCUGCAGUGUGGCGGUGCCGUCACCAGGAGGCGGCGGCGUGUUGGCCUACUGUCCAGACGGAGGACGGAAAGACGUCCGAAACGCUGUGGAGGCUGCUGUCAAAGUCCAGCCUGG